GAGGACUACGAGAUUCACGACGGCAUGAAUCUGGAGCUCUACUAUCAAUAACUGUUCAGUCAGCUCCAUUUCCGGUGAUUCCGCCAUUUAACCGGUUUUGCGAAACAAUGUCUCUCUCAGGGUGACCGAAAGUCGACUUAAAUUAGACACUAUGCCAUUAUCAGUGGUAGAGUACUUUGGGAAAGGGGAACCACACCAGUGUGGUUAUUGUGGGGGAGAGGCGUGUUCUAUUAGCUAUGGACUGUGGGGUCAUGCCUUGUCGUGUUACGAUUACCAGGACAUGAUAGACGGAGGCUGGCGGAGGUCUGGCAAGUACUGCUAUAAGCCCAUCAUGAAUCAGACUUGCUGUCCCAUGUACACCAUCAAGUGUGACGUUCACGCCUUCAAACCCACCAAGUCCAUGAAGAAAACGCUCAAAAGAUUUCGCCAUUUUAUCAAUACCGGGGAAAGAACGAAAGGGAGAGGGAAGGCAUCAAGACCAGCUACUGCCGCCAAUGUGAACGGUAUCAGUGAGGCUUCACGAUCUGACCGAAACCUUGACGAGGCUGAAAGACGACUAAAGACGCAUUCUGCCAAUCCCUUUAGCAAUGAGACCGAUUCGAUAAGCAAAGCACCCAAUCAUGUGAAGGAGAUCAAGAAGGUCCCUACGAGAGACGGGAAUCCUGCUAAUAGGCCUGUAGAUGUUGUAGCCAAAUCUGACCGCCCACCCACGAGAACUAUGAAGCGUAAAGAGUUUCGAAAGCAGAGGUCAUUGCAGAAGCAUAACGGCAUUGACCCUCGCCUUGGCAAGACUCCGAAGAAUAGAGAAAAAACACUCGAAGAGCUCACGUCGCUUGAAUUUUCUCCCAAUGCUGUUCACAACUUCUCCAUCCGAACCGUCCAUGCCGAUUCCAAGAAUCCAGAAUUUAAUGCAACUCUGGAAGCUUCCUUGGCCGUGUAUCAGAAAUAUCAGUCAAUUAUCCACAAUGACGAUAUCACCAAAUGCACCAAACGACAAUGGCUCCGAUUUUUGGCUGACUCGUCGCUCAUCCCUGGGGAAGUGGAUGGUGGGAAGUUAGGUGGAUUCCAUCAGCAAUACUGGUUAGACGAACAAUUGAUUUGUGUUGGAGUAGUGGACUUCCUUCCGAACUGCAUUUCGUCCGUUUAUCUUUACUACGACCCGGAAUACUCCUUCUUAUCCCUAGGAACAUUAUCGGCCUUGUUCGAGAUAUCUUUGACCCGAAGUCUUCUGAACUCGUAUCAUGGACAACUCCGGUAUUAUUACAUGGGCUACUAUAUCCACAACUGUCCCAAGAUGCGUUACAAAGGAAACUUUGGGCCAAGUUAUCUCCUUUGUCCAAAGACAUUUGACUGGGUGUCCCUAGUCAAAGCGGGACCGCUUCUUGAUACGGCAAAGUACACCCAAUUGGCAGAAGCGACAUCUCCACUCCAAGAGAUUGACCCUGCUAGUAAUGAUGAAGUCAACGUAGAGGCGGUUCAAAUUUUGCACUUGCAAAGAAAAAUGUCCUUCAGCGCCUAUUUGAGUCUCAAGCUAGAGGCGAAUCAACCGGUUGCGAAGGAUUUUGAAGAGGUGGAAGAAUAUGCCAAGCUGAUUCGGCGCCCCGCAUUCAAUUCAAUGCUUCUGUACCGUGAAUAAUGAAUGUCGUCUAAAUUGUCGAUUUUUGGUGAAUCACUAACAGACAUAUUUCAGAGGUGAUUCCUUCGGGGGGGGGUCGAUGUUAUUGCUCUUGUGAAAUUAAACGACGGUCCAAACUUG